AUGACGGAUAACGAGUAUAAUUCGUCGGGAAACGAGUACCGACAGUCGGAAACAAGUUUUUCCGGCUUUUCCGAGGUUCAUUUAGAAGAUUAUGGCGGUGAUGGAAUUGAUUACAGCGAUUGGUUUAAGCUAGAUCAUGAGUUUGAUAGUGAUGUUGAAGCAAUUACUUGGGCUAAGAGUACUGCUAUAAAGAUUGGAUUUGAAUUAGUCAUUUCGUCACAUAAGAACGAGGGGAAAAAGAAGCUUCUACGAUGUGCUCGGGGUGAGCGUUACAGAGGUUCAUUCACAGAUUCUGAUUCCUUCGUACGGAAAAAUACGAAGACAAAAGCGUGUAAGUGCAAAUUUAAAAUUAUUGUCAAAUUAGGAAAGACUGCAUGGUUUAUACUUACAGAUCCUGGUAUUUCGAGUACACACAACUAUGCUCUAGCUGUGUAUCCUGAAGGAUACCGUCAGAUGAGUGGGCUGAGUGGCGAGGCGAAAGAAAUUGUGCGAGAUAUGAGUGCGGCACAAGCGAAGCCGUGUUCUAUCAUGGCAGCUUUAAAAGAAAAAGUACCAUCUGACAACCCUACAAUAAAGCAAGUGUACAACUAUAGAGAGACUUUGAGAAAGUCUAGCUUUGAGGGUAGAGAUGUGGUUGGGCAAUUUUAUCACAUGGCUCAGCAAAAUGAUUAUGUACACUGGACUCUUGCUGAGGAGGAUACAGGUGUGUUGACCCAUAUUUUCAUGGCUCAUCCUGAUUCAGUGAGACUACUUCGUACGUACUACUGGAUCAUCGGCAUGGACUCCACGUACAAGACGAACAAGUACAAGCUGCCUUUUUUUGAGAUUAUUGGAAUGACUCCUUGCAACAAGAACUUCAUAAUUGCAUAUGCAAUUAUGAAGGAUGAGACUGAAGGGAGCUACAGAUGGGUAUUGGAGAGACUGAGGUGCUUAAUUGGGGAACAUAUUCAUCCGAGCGCUAUUCUUACUGGUCGAGAAUUGGGGCUUAUGAGACUAGUGUCAGAGGACGUAGAAGAUAGAGUGUACAGAAUUAGUGGGAAAAACCAAGAGUUUGCUGAAAUUUUCAAGAAUAGUACAUGGAAGAAAAUUAUCAUAGCGCCAACUUUUGAUCAAUAUAACAUAGCUGUGGAGCACUUCAGAGAUCGGUUUAAAGGUUUUCCAGGGUUGAUACAGUACAUUGAGGGGACUUGGCUGGGACACAGAAAGAACACCGGUGCUCUGGACACAGUCUGGACGAAGGUCGACAAAGUUAUACAGUCGCAGCUGACAGAUAUCCGCAAAACACUUGAGGACUCCAGACGGACUAUUGGCGUACAUCGACGCGGUUUUCCAUUUGAUAAGCUCUCAUUCAGAGUGUCGCAUUACUGUCUCGAUUUAAUAUCGAAAGAACUAAGGCGUAUGCGAGAAUUGAGUACCGAUGUCUACGAUCGCUGUGGUUGUGUGGUUAGAUCAACACAUCCGAUCCCCUGUGCAUGUGAGCUGCGAGCGGUGGUCGAUUCAGGUAACCCGAUCAGCCUUGACAGUAUACACCCGUUUUGGACGAAACUUGUUAUUCUCGGCGAUGGGCUGGACACAUCUGCGCAACCCGAUUUUGCUGGUUUUCAGACUGAGGAACAUCAGUAUUUUCACGAGGUCGUCGACGAGGUCAUGACUAAGGAUCCUUCAGUGUUGCGUGAUAUUUCUCGUAUUGUUCGAGAGCGACUUCACCCCGAAGACUUAGGCUACAUGGAACCAGAAGUGAAAACAAAUGUCAGAGGUCGACCAAAGGGGAGCAAAUCAACGAAGCGGGAUCCGAGUCGUCAUGAGUACAAGGACCGUGUACCUGGUCGUCCUAAAUCUUCCAAAGCUCAGAAAAAUCGUACAUCCGCGUCAGCUGGUUUGCAAAAUGCGGAGGUUAUUCCAGGAUUCCAUUUACCAUUCGUUGACGAGAUUGUGGACGUGCGUGGAGACGGCAACUGUGGAUUUCGCGUGGUGGCAGACCACAUAUAUGGUGACGAGGAGAUGUGGGGAAUGACUAGAACGAACAUUGCAAACGAAAUCUCCGCCCACCCUUAUCGAUACGAGGGUAUUUGCAUUGAUGGGUUGCAAGCGGCCAUUACACGUAUUAGUUGGGAAGGGGGAGAGUGUGGCCCUCGCAACUGGAUGCAGGUAUUGGAUGACUUGUUCCCUAUUGCCACUAUCUUCAAUGUAGCUGUUAUUUACAUACAAGGCGGGACGCUACAACAGACGCGGUUCUCUUCGUUUACUGUUCUGCCUUUGCAUUCCUCUGAGGUUCACUCACGACCAUCGAAGGAGAUAGUGAUAUUGUAUAUUAGUGGACGCGCUCAUUUUGUUAGGUUGAAUUUACAGGAUAAUUUUCCUGUCCCACCAAUUCCCACCCUGUGGUUCCAGCACAGGGACCAUACUGUUCAGUCUUGGCAUACUUUAUAUGCUAAUAGGAGAGAGCAAUGGGAUAGUUUGAUAGGUAUGGCAGAUUGA